GCGCGCAAGGGCCCCCUUGGCACAGCUGCCUGGUGCCUCCUUGAGGCUCGGGCCGUUCCCCCGUGACUCUUCGCUGGCGGCGUUUUACCCGCCCUCGGCUCCCCCCCUCUCCGGUCUUUGGCGGUGGACCCAAGCGCCCAUGGCAAUCGCCGCCUUGAGCCACCUGCGGGGCGCCGUAGGCAGGCAGCAGCUCUGGAGGCACAGCUACCUAAGCACCCCCUGGGCUCCCCUCUCUUUUGCCCGCCGUAACAGCAGCGAUCGCGGGGGGCGAGGUGAACCGCGCGCUCCCUCCCUGAAGGGAAACUACCGGCAGCUAUGCGAGCGGGCAAACCGGGAGCCCGGCCCUUUCUGGGGGGCUCUGGCACGGGAGACGCUGCAAUGGGACACCCCGCACCACACCGACUGCGAGUGGGAUUUCGCGCAGGGCCGGAUCCGCUGGUUCUUAGGCGGUCGGUUAAAUGUGGCGGUUAACUGUUUGGAUCGACAUGUGCAACGUACACCAGACAAGGUAGCUUUGAUUUGGGAAAAAGAUGAGCCUGGUACUGAAGAAAAAAUAACUUACAGGGAACUUUUGGACAUGACUUGUCGCCUUGCUAAUACCUUAAAGAGAAAUGGCAUAAAAAAGGGAGACCGAGUUGCUAUCUAUAUGUCUGUAUCUCCAAUGGCAGUGGCUGCCAUGUUGGCUUGUGCCAGAAUUGGUGCUGUUCAUACAGUUGUGUUUGCUGGAUUCAGUGCAGAAUCUUUAGCAGGGAGAAUAAAUGAUGCUAAAUGUAAAGCAGUGAUCACUUGUAACCAGGGAAUCAGAGGAGGACGGAUCCUAGAGCUGAAAAGCACCGUGGAUGAAGCUGUAAAGAACUGUUCAAGUGUCAAGUGCGUCUUUGUAGCCCAGAGAACUGACAACAAAAUCCAUACAUGCAGUCAUGAUAUUCUCCUUGAAGAAGAGAUGGCUAAGGAAUCAUUGGUUUGUCCCUCUGAAAUUAUGGAGAGUGAGGAUAUGCUUUUUAUGCUUUACACUUCAGGAAGCACAGGAAAACCCAAAGGAAUUGUUCAUACCCAGGCUGGCUAUCUGCUUUAUGCUGCGGUAACACAUAAGCAUGUUUUUGACUUCAAACAAGAUGACAUUUUUGGUUGUGUAGCAGAUAUUGGUUGGAUCACAGGACACAGCUAUGUUGUCUACGGACCACUUUGCAACGGAAGCACCACAGUUUUGUUCGAAAGUACUCCUGUUUAUCCAGAUCCAGGUCGCUAUUGGGAAACGGUGGAGAGAUUAAAAAUUAACCAAUUUUACUGUGCUCCAACUGCAUUACGUUUGUUGCUGAAGUAUGGUGAGGAAUAUGUGAAGAAAUAUGAUAGAUCUUCUCUUACUACUCUUGGAUCAGUGGGGGAACCAAUAAAUCAUGAAGCUUGGCACUGGUACUACAGUGUGGUAGGAGAGAAAAAGUGUACCCUUGUGGAUACAUGGUGGCAAACAGAAACGGGUGGCAUUUGCAUUGCUCCUCGGCCUUCAGAAGAAGGAGCUGAGAUCAUUCCAGCUAUAGCAAUGCGGCCUUUCUAUGGAAUUACCCCAGUGCUAAUGGAUGAGAAUGGAAAAGUUUUAGAAGGCAAUGAUACCUCGGGUGCUCUCUGCAUUGCACAACCCUGGCCUGGUAUAGCACGGACUAUCUAUGAAGACCAUCAGCGUUUUGUAGAAGCUUAUUUCAAAGCUUACCCAGGAUAUUAUUUCACAGGAGAUGCUGCUUAUAGAACUAAGGAAGGUUAUUAUCAGCUAACAGGGAGAAUGGAUGAUGUCCUAAACAUCAGUGGACACAGACUUGGAACUGCAGAAAUUGAAGAUGCGAUGGAUGAACAUCCUGAAAUUCCAGAAACAGCUGUGAUUAGCUAUCCCCAUGAUAUCAAAGGGGAAGUUGCAUUAGCAUUCAUAGUUUUAAAAGAUGACAUGGCAGAUAAAGAUAUGAUUAUCAAAGAGGUGAAGACAAUAGUUGCCACCAAGAUAGCAAAAUACGCUGUUCCUGAACAUAUUAUGGUAGUGAAACGUCUUCCCAAAACUCGAUCGGGAAAAAUCAUGAGACGAUUGCUACAGAGAAUAGUGACUGAUAAUAGUGAUAUGGGAGAUAUUACCACACUUGAUGAUCCCAGUGUCAUAGAGGAAAUACUUGAAACGUGUAAGAAAUACAAACUUAAGCAUCCUACUCUAUGACGGACUAUUGUAAAGAUGAGUUAUGUUAAAAAGCUGAAGGAACAAAAGAAACUAUUAGAUUUAUUCCUGAUUAAAGAGCUAUACUUAUUCAUGUAAAAUUAUUCAUGUAAAAUUUUUUUCCUGAAAAGAAUGUGUAUUGUAACAGUUUACCUCUUGAGUUUAUACUUUUUCUUUGAAAGCACGGAAAAAUAAUUUUCAAACUGCUGUUUAAGACAUGUUCUUCCUUUGUUAAACAGAGUGUAGAAACUUAAGGAGUAACUUUGCAUUUAGCCUUAAUAUUUUUGCCACCAAUAUAUAAAACUGUCUUUUAAUAUCA